AUGUCAAGCCAACACACCAAGGGCGCUCAAUCCGCGCAGAACGCCAUCCUCGACGAGCUCCGCAAAUCCCUCAAACAACAGGCCCGCACAGCGACCUUCGCCCUCGGCGGCAGCGUACCCAUCUCCACCUCCGAAGAGUCCACCACCAAACCGGCCCUGAACUCCAUAGAACGACCUUCUCACAUCAGUCACCCUAUCCGUCCAAGCACCUCCACCCUUCGUCCCAGCAAGCCUGUUCACAUCCGCUUCGGUCAGCCCGGCACAGGCAACAAUCUCAUCCUUCCCACAGCCCCUACCUCCCCUACCCUUCAGCACCUCAUACAAGCCUGCACUCCCGCCUCCUUUGGUCUCAAUGGCAGAGACAUCCACGAUGCUAAUUACCGCAAAGCCGGAAAGCUUGACACCACCGACUUCGCUACAUCUUUCUGCCCCUACGAGACGGGCAUCGUGGAUGUCAUCAACCAGGUCCUCGUCACGGAUCCGUGUCUAGGAACCAGAGCCGAGCUGUACAAGCUAAAUGUAUACAGCGCGCCGUCGGGACUGUUCCGGGCGCAUGUCGAUACGCCGAGGGGUGAGGAGCAGUUCGGAAGUCUGGUCGUAUCGUUGCCGGUGGCGCAUGAAGGUGGCGAGCUCGUCGUUCGACACGGCGGCAAGAACGUGGUGUUCGAUUGGUCCACUUCCGGGUCAAAAGAUAGCCAGUCGGCUUUGCAGUGGGCUGCGUUCUACAGCGAUUGCGAACAUGAGGUGCUGGAAGUCACUUCUGGGCAUCGCAUCACUUUGACGUAUAAUCUCUACACCACUCGAGCUGGGGGAACACUGGCCGGGCUUGAGUCUGCUCUGGAAGCCAGGAGAUUUCCUCUGUCUCUGUAUGCUUCUCUGGAGACAGCCUUGGGUCGUCCAGACUUUCUGCCGAGCGGUACGUCAAUCAUGUCCACCAAUGCCAUACCACGUGAAAGCUGA